CGGAUGUUUUUGGGGUGGGGGCCGGGGGGGGGGUCCCGUCCUCAGCCCGUGCCCCGCAGAUCCUGCAGGAAGGCGUGGAGAGCAGCAGCCGGCGCCAGCUCCUGAUCGAAGCCUUCGUCUCGGCGGGGCGGGUGGACAACAUCACCAUGGUCAUGGGGCUGCACCCCCAGUACCUCAGCAGCUUCUGGAAGACCCAGUACCUGCUGCUGCGCAUGGACGGGCCCCUGCCCUACCACAAGCGCCACUACAUCGCCAUCAUGGCAGCGGCUCGGCACCAGUGCUCCUACCUGGUGGGUCUGCACAUGGGGGAGUUCCUGCAGGUGGGGGGGAACCCGGCGUGGCUGCAGGGGCUGCACUGCGCCCCCCAGAAGCUCCGGAACCUCAACGAGAUCAACAAGCUGCUGGCGCACCGGCCCUGGCUCAUCACCAAGGAGCACAUCGAGGCUCUGCUGAAGACCGGGGAGCACAGCUGGUCGCUGGCGGAGCUGGUGCAAGCCCUGGUGCUCCUCACCCACUACCACUCGCUCGCCUCCUUCGUGUUCGGCUGCGGCAUCAACCCCGAGGCGGAGCAGGACGGGGGGCACGGCGCCAGGCCCCCCUCGCCCCACGGCGACAGCAGCCCUGCCUCUGAGGACAGCAUGGGGUGCUCGGGGGGCAAGGACGCCCUGCAGGAGGUGGAGGCGCUGAUGGAGCGGAUGAAGCUGCUGCAGGAGAGCCAGCAGGAGGAGGAGGGUGUCACGCAGGAGGAGAUGGCCACGCGCUUCGAGCUGGAGAAGACGGAGAGCCUGCUGGUGGCUCCCUCGGACCUGGCCGAGCACUCGCUGCAGUCCAGCGUCCUGUGCUUCGUGGAGGACCCCGAGUUCGGCUACAAGGACUUCACGCGGCGGGGCGAGCAGGCGCCCCCCACGUUCCGUGCGCAGGAUUACACCUGGGAGGACCACGGCUACUCGCUCAUCAACCGCCUGUACCCCGACGUGGGGCAGCUCCUGGACGAGAAGUUCCAGGUGGUUUACAACCUCACCUACAACACCAUCGCCAUGCACUGCGGCGUCGACACCUCCAUGCUGCGCCGGGCCAUCUGGAACUACGUCCACUGCGUCUUCGGCAUCCGUUACGAUGACUACGACUACGGGGAGGUGAACCAGCUCCUGGAGCGCAGCCUCAAGAUCUACAUCAAGACGGUGGCCUGCUACCCGGAGAAGACGACCAAGCGGAUGUACGCGCAGUUCUGGAGGCACUUCAAACACUCGGAGAAGGUUCACAUCAACCUGCUGCUGCUGGAGGCUCGCAUGCAGGCGGCUCUGCUCUACGCCCUGCGCGCCGUCACCCGCUACAUGACCUGACGGGCCCCCCCCGCUCCCUCCUCUUCCUCCUCCUGCCCUCACGGCUUGGGGGGGGAACGGGGACAGGGACAGGGGGGAGCCGGGGACUUAAAGACUGUGCCGCCGCCUCGCCUCCUGCCUUACGGGGCGUGGAGCUGGGGAAGGAAAAAGGGGGGGACGUCCCCUGCCCCUUAUCCUAGAAGGGGGGGGCCCCCAUGAAGCUGCCGGUGCUGGGAAAAGCCCGGCCGUGCCCCUGUCCCCCCCCCCCCCCCCCCUUGGGGUUUGGUGGAGGUGUGGGGGUGCCCGACCACUCCGUGCCUUGCUUGGGGGCGAACCCCGAUGAAGCUGAACCUUGCUCCUGGGGGGGCUGCCUCCACCCCCAGCCCUGCCGGCUGUAGGGCCGUGUCCUCCUGCCAAAAGGCACCGGGGAGCACCCAGAGCACGAAGCCCCCCCUGUUUCCCGCUGCCUUUGGGGCC